AUUGACUCCACUUUCCUCUCCAUCAUUCACACCUCUAAUUUCUUUACAAUUCUUCUCCAUCACUCCUCCAUUUCUUCUCCAUAUAAGGCAGAUGAGCUCUUUGCAAACUUAGAAACACAAAAUUUUUUUUUAAAAAAAAAAAACAUUGCCCACUUUUUUUUAUUCUUCUUCUUCUUCACAUCUCCAAGCAAAAAUCCCUCCAAGAAAAAAAAACGAUGAAGAAGAGACAACAAAACAGCUAUUCAGAGAUGAAGAACCAUCGCCACUUGUUCUCAGAGAAGCCCUGGUUCAUUGUUUUUCUCGUCGUUGCCUCUUUCACCGCCGGUCUACUCGUCGCCGGCAGCAUUGCAGGAUCGUCGACGUCGUCCCAGCCCUUCUUGUGCUCCUUAAGCGGCACAGAUAAAUCACCGGAGACGGACAAGUGUGCUACCACCCGGACACAGCUUGAAGCCGUUCUUCAUUACGCGACGUCACGUGUGGUCCCACAGCAAUCACGUGCCGAAAUCAGUCUUUCUUUCGAUGUCCUAAAAGCUCUGGCUCCCUGCAAUUUACUCGUCUUCGGAAUGGGCCACGAUUCCCUAAUGUGGACCGCACUAAAUCCACGUGGCACCACUAUAUUCCUAGAAGAAGAUCCAAAGUGGGUCCAUAAAGUUCUCCAACGCGCUCCAAAUCUACGCGCCUACGUAGUCAAGUACCAAACGCAACUACAAGAAGCAGACAAGCUUCUCACUUUUUACAAGCGAGAGAAGGAUUGCAUGCCGCCGGACGUUCGCCUGAAGGGCAACACACGGUGCAAGUUAGCACUGAGCAUGUUACCGAACGAGGUAUUGGAUAAAGAAUGGGAUGUGAUUAUGCUAGACGCGCCACGAGGGUAUUUUGCACAAGCACCAGGGAGGAUGGGAGCGAUAUUCUCAGCGGCAGUGAUGGCGCGUGCCAGGACUCGUCCAGGUGUGACUCAUGUCUACCUGCAUGACGUGGAUAGGAGGGUGGAGAAGGUUUAUGCAAAGGAGUUUCUGUGCAAGAAGUAUUUGGUGAAGGGCGUGGGGAGGCUUUGGCAUUUUGAGAUACCAUCUCUUGCUAAUAGGAACAGCAGCGAUGAUUAUUCUAGUUUUUGCUAAAUUUAGAGAAAUUUUUGUUUAUUUUAGUAAUCAAUUUGCAUUUUUUUUUAUUAAGGGGAAAUUCCUACCAAUAGGAUAUUAGAUAGACUUAUGAUUGUUUAAUUUAGUUAAAAAACAUACGUUGGCUUCGAUGAUUAGGGCUGAAAUUCGAGGAUUCUAUAGUAUCAAGAGAUUGAACUACAUUGGUAAUAUACAUAUAUGUUGUGAAAAUUUCACAAGCUAAUGAUUU